AGUUUAAGUAUCAGUUACCUUCAUCUCUCCGUCAGCUGAAGUGAUCGAGCACAUCGUCUUCAACUUCUCACAGUUUAGACCUGUUUUGAAAACUAAACAUCUCUUUCGAGUGAUUCCGAUUAAGAUAUUUGAAAAAUGCGUUCUACCUUUUCAAUUCUUAUGCUGGUGUGCCUAUUUUGUGCCGUCCAUUUUCAACCGAGCCACAGCCAUCAACCAUCGGGCUACAAUCUGAAAGGAUUGUCCGAGACGCGAUAUGAUCACGGCAAACACGGGAUAGACGUCAUUUCUUCGAGGAAAUUCGGAAUCGGCCUCAAAGCUAUCCUCUUCAAACCAUUGCUUCUACUGGCCUUGGCUAAAAUCAAACUAGCCCUUUUGGUCGGCAAACCACUCGUCUUAUUAGCUCUUAAGAAGCUCCUCCUUAAAGCCGUGUUGGGCAAGCUGUUGCUCAAGAUCCCUCUGAUCUUGUUGGGUGGUAAAGCCUUGAUCGCAAAGGUGUUGGCUCUCAAAUUCGCCCUCAUCACCAAAGGAUUGGUUGGAUUAAAAGCACCGCUAGUCAUGCUCUUCCUAGGAGGCUUCCUUAAAGGCCUGUUGAAAGGAACUGGUUUAGGUUUGGCUAUUGCAGGUUCACUCCUCAAGUUGAAGGGACACGAAACAAGCGAAGAAGAAUACGAUGAUUAUUACUACCCACCUGUACAAUCCUAUGUUCUUCCUCCACCUGCAUACCGCGCUCCAGCAUCAUACGGCGCUCCUGCAGCUCCUUCUUACGGCAGUGGAGCAAGUCUUGGCGGAAACCAUUUCGAAUCAGGAAUUUCAGGAUUCGGAGGAGGUUACGGAGGUGGCCGUAAGAGGCGUAACGUAAACGAUGAUGAAAGUGGGGAAGAAAUAGAAGACAGUGAAGAGGACUUCUCCGGAGAAUCAGCUGAUGAUCUGAAACUGGAAUUCGAAGCAGCGCGCACCAAUGGCAACGCUUACCUUUACAUGGCAGCGCAGUUUGACGAGCAAUCCUGCGGUCGUCGUUUAAUGUGUGAAGUCUACCAGAAAGCGCACGAAAGCCUAACUGAAGACGAAAUCAUUUUGAAAGACAUUUUCGGUUAUCCAUUGCCAGCGUUGAGGGAUGAAGACAAGGGCACUCCAACGGAAGCCUAUUAUAGAGCAGCCCACAUUGGCGCAUCCCAUCAGGGUCGUUCCAGCAAUCAAAUCUGCGCUCGUUUUUAUUCCACUUGUCCGCACAACACUGAACAGUUGAUUCAUAUGUUUGUUACCGAAGAUUUUGAAACCAAUGAAGUUGAACAAGACAAUCGCCCUGUUGCCCAUCUGCAGCCACCUCAGACGAGUGCCCGUCUUCCAUUCUAUCACCACCGUCAGCCAAUCUCGCCUACCCAGCAAUGGAAACCCGCAACUAGGCCAAUUCAGGCACAGCAGCUCAACAAAGUGAACACUACACCGGGGCCAGUUAGGCGGCCCGUUGCAUCAGCUCCGGUUACACCACUCCGGCAGAGAUUCGUUGCAGCUCCAGCUGCUUGAAUUGCAAGUGGAACAAGGCCCACUGCAUGGGCUGUCGAUCAGCCCCAAUCUGUUCACCGCACAUCCCUGAGAUAUUAGCGUUGCUUCUUCGCAUGAAUUCAUUUAGUAGAGAAUCUUUUCUGUUUAAUCCCAUCUAUGACGUCAGAAUGUGCAAUACAAUUUUAAGAAUAUAAA